GCCAUCAAUGCCACCGAAACCACGAGGAAGAGGAAGCACACGUGCGCGCGCAGGUGGGAGGGGAGGGGCUGCUGCAGGCCGGGCUACAGGCAGCACCAGCGAAGCCACCGAGACCACAACCCCACAGACGUUCGAUACCCCAGCAGCAAGUGAAGCAGCAGAGGUUAUAGUACCCAAGGAAGAGGGCGAUGCCGAUGCGAAACCACCGACAACCGUAGAGAACGAAUCCACGCCAAAUGAUACCUCCUCUGCAGCUGCAACCCCACAAGAUGGCGCCGAAGCCUCAACUCGUCCUCCCGUGCAGCGCCUCGGUGGACUGAAGAGCGCAGAGCCGUCUUCAAGAUCUGCGUCACCCUCCGUCAAGCGCGGCACUACGAAAACAGGCAAGAAGGCGAUGCCCAAACCCAUGUUUACUGGUCGUCGAAGCAAGGAAGAGCGAGCAGCGCUCGAGAAGGAACAACUUGAACGCGAGAAGAUCAGGAACAGAGAUCAAGAGAAGGAGGCUGCUUUCCAGGCCAGGAGGAAGGAGAGAGAAGCGGCGAAGGAGGCCAGUAGGGCUACCAGGGGACGUGGUGGCUAUAGUGGUGCAAUGAGCGGGCCGUUCUCGCUUGGUAGCUCGAAAGAGGAUCGGAAAGCGAACCACCGGAACUUCUCAGGAUUCGGCGCUGGAUCAGGAUCCCGAGCGGUGCGCGUCAAGAAUGAGGGCGACGAGAGCGGCCCAAGCAGAUCAGGCGGGUACGGUGGAGGCGGUGGAGGCGGCGGUGGUGCCAGCUCAUCAAUCAAGAGAGAAGAUGGUGGCGUUGUCGAGUCCUCUGAGGAUGAAGACGACCAGGAGUUCCCUCGGAGAGACAUCGACCUCAUCGAGAUCUCUGACGACGAAGACGGUGUAGAUGGCAACGAACGACCCUCAAGAUCCGUGCUACCUAUACGAAUCACACGGAAAGAACAUCAGGAGAAGGCUUUCGCACUUAAUACAGACGCUAGCGCCGAGACAGCACCCAAAGACACAGCAGAGGCCACCGGGACAACUGGUCGCAAGUCUACGGGUGAGCGAUCUGGCCAAUCAUCACGUAAGGGCAAGGGCAAGGCGAGCGACGUGGAAAUUACAGGCGUGCGCAAACCUUUCAAGGGCGUGUGGCAGGACACCGACGACUCAGACGUUCAAGUCAAGACCGAACCCACCAGUGAUGGCGAGCAAAUGCCGGAUGCAGAACAAGUCGGCUUAGACGCCGACCAGACAGAAGCACCACAAAAAGAAGAACCCCAAUCGCCGAUCACGGAACGAAAGGCCAAAGGUCGUGCCAAGAGCAUAGCAGAGCCCGUCCUCCAAACAGAUGAAGACCGCGCAGAAUGGUCCCGCUUCCUGGACAACCGCAAACACAUCCGCGCCGAAUUGGGUCCUGACGAAACGCCUGCUGUCGACGCAGCAGGUGACACAACUAUGGCAGAUGGCGCAGCCCCAGCACCGAAAACUACGGUGCGAGACAACAACGUGUAUCUCUUCCAGAUCCCACCCCUCAUGCCAGAACUCCUCGAACCGGGCGUCAAGAAGGAGACUUCAGAUGUCGCGGAAGCAUCAGUACCCGCAACAUCUGUCAAGAGAGAAGCAGUCAAAGUCAAGGUCGAAGAAGGCUUCUCUGAUCCCGCAGCCAAACCUGCACAAGGCCCACGGUUUGCAAGUGGAUUGGUAGGUAAGCUAAGGGUGAGGCAGUCGGGGCGCACGACGCUGGAUUGGGGAGGCACAAGUUACGAGCUUGCGCCGGGCAACAAAGCGAGUUUCUUGCAGGAGGUGGUGAGUAUACACGUCGUACCUGAGAAGGAUCGUGUGGUUCCUGAAGAUGCGGGUGAGGCUGUUUCGUUUGGACGAGUCAAAGGCAAGUUUGUCGUUACGCCUGACUGGGGGGAGAUGCUUGGAUGAAAAUAAAGCAUUCACAAGGAUCGUUGGACAGCAUGGAUCAGGCGUUUGGUGCUGCACUUACUGGCGCUAAGACAGGAAUCAGGUAGGGCAGAAUGUCGCCUAGGUGCCCAAAGAUCAAUCUUGACGCUCAUGAC